AUGGAUUCGUAUAAAGAUUAUUAUAUGGAUCCAGGAUUUUUACCCCAGAAAGUUACAAUGGCUCGUCUACGCGAAAUACUAGGAGAACAUAAUGUACAUUAUACGGGUAGUGAAAAAAAAGCGGAGCUUGUAGAAUUGUUUAAUAAACAUAUUCUACCGCUUGUACCAUCGUUACGAGAAAAGGAAGAAGAAUUGAAGAGCUUUCGUACCAGAACUGAAGCAGAGCUGGCAAAAUCAGCAGAAAGAAAAACCAAAACAGCGCGGAAAAGCGCAGUUGCUUCGCCCGAAACUCCAAAAACCACUCCCAGGUCCUCUCGUUCAUCAAAAAGAACCAGUAAGGGAAAGGUUAAAGCUAUUAUAAAUGAAUCCGAGCUCGUGCCUGAAGGAUCGACGGACGUAGAUUCAAAAACAAUAAAAGUUAGAUCGAUUGUGCCAGAUAUAACACCUAAAACUAAUGAUAAAGGACGGUUGUACCCAGAACUUCCAAACCCAAAGCGUGUCAAAGAAGAUAAUUCUACCAAUCGACGUGAAGCAGUGGCAUAUGCAUUUAGAAAUCCUAACUACAUGCCAACGCGACAAAUUAACCGGCAACCGUCACCAGAAUUAAUAAAAUCUCAAACAAAGCCACGUGGAUUAAAAACAGCAUUUAUAUUAUUUUUUGUAAUUUUGACCAUUGGCGCUUACGCUCGAUUCAAAAUGGAAAUUGGCUUUUGUGAUGGACCAUCGAAUACAGCAGACGGUGGAAGCGCCGAGAGUGAAAAAUCUCUUUUUGAGAUCGCUUGUACUCCUUGUCCACCUAAGGCUCAUUGCUCAGAGGGAAAUAUCACCUCGUGUGAUGAAGGUUUCGUGUUCACAUCUUCAUCAAUUCAUUGGCUCAAACCUUUCACCAGCAGAUGUAUACCUGACGUUGAACGCGCUAAAAAAAUUGAUAUGUAUACUAAACUGCUUAAAAAAAUAUCUGCUGAAGAAACUGGAAGGGUUAUAUGCGGAUAUGAAGAUCGAGAACAUUUAUUAUUUCAGAAUCUUCUUAGAAUACUUCGUCAAAAGAAAUUACCAUUCCAGGAUACGGACGAUAAUUUUGAAAAACUCACACAAAUUGCAUUGAAAGACUUGAGAUCGGACGAUGAUCUUGAAAUAAUUGAUGAAAAAGAGAGUUAUAAUAAACUUAAAAGCUAUGUUGUUUCAAAGAAGCCGAGUCCCUCACUAUUUUGUAGAAUUAAACUUUUUGGUAUAGCCUGGUUGAGAGAGAAUUUAAUGUUUAUUAUUGGAACGAUCUUUGUUUUCGCGGGUUUGGGAGGUGUAAGCUACAAAGUUAGAGAAAAGAUAUGGGAAAACGAGCAAGUAAAAAAAGCUGCCGAUAUGGUUUUAAAUACAAUGAGGCAAGAACGAAGCAUGAUCUCAGCCCAAUGGCAAGAAUCGAUUAUGCAUCAUAUCAAAAACGAUUUUAAGCGUAUCGAGCUAUGGAAACGUGUUGAAAAAUGUAUUCAAGUCAAUCCUAUGGUCCGAACACGUCGUCUUGAAUAUAAAGGAC